AUGGACAAUAAGCAGGAUAUAUUUAGGAGAGACUUGGUGGACUUUCAGGGUGUCCCCCUCUUCUGGAGUAUCACUGAGGAGUGGUCCCAGGUGGAGUCAUUUGAGAGUCGACCAGAUGAUCUUCUGAUCUCCACCUACCCCAAAUCUGGAACAACUUGGACCAGCGAAAUAUUGGAUUUGAUCUAUAACAAUGGGGAUGUGGAAAAAUGUAAACGAGAUGCAAUAUACAAGCGAGUGCCAUUCAUGGAAUUUAUAGUCCCUGGAUUCUCAAAUGGUGUUAAGGAAUUGAAUGACAUGCAGUCUCCUCGAUUAGUGAAAACACACUUACCUGUUCAACUUCUCCCUUCUUCAUUUUGGAAAAAUAACUGCAAGAUUGUCUAUGUGGCUCGGAAUGCUAAAGAUGUGGCUGUGUCUUACUAUUAUUUCUACCAGAUGGCAAAAAUACACCCAGAGCCGGAUCGAAUUUCAGGAGACUGGAAAAAUCAGUUCACUGUGGCCCAGUAUGAAAGAUUUGAAGAAGAUUACAAAAAGAAAAUGAAGGGGUCUACACUGCAGUUUUGUUCAGAGAUCUAA